AUUACAAACAGCCACGAAGCUUCUGACCGAGAGUAACCUUCUUUCUCAAAGCAGCAGCAUCGCCUCCGCUAUAAAAGGAUGACUGAGAAAAAAGCACGUCUGUAAGAGCCAACGACGUCCAGUGUAGAAGACAACAAUCAUAAUAAUAAGGUGAAAAGGAAAAGGUUACAUUAUUUUCUUCAACGGAAUUACAGUUUAUGACGGGACGGAAAGCAUUUGGGGAGAGCAGAGCGAAGUGGUGAGGUGGUACGGUUGGAGUGGUCCAGAGGCAAUAUGGCUGUAUCUACUCAGCUAGGCUUGCUUUUGUGGAAGAAUUUCACAUAUCGUCGGAGACAAACGCUCCAGUUGAUAAUUGAGAUCAUAUGGCCCCUGUUCAUCUUUUUCAUCCUGAUAUCAGUUCGUCUGUACUACCCUCCUUAUGAGCAACAUGAAUGCCACUUUCCCAAUAAGGCCAUGCCAUCAGCAGGCACACUGCCCUGGGUUCAGGGCAUUAUCUGCAAUGCCAACAACCCCUGCUUCCGUUACCCCACCCCAGGAGAGAAGCCUGGAGUUGUGGGCAACUUCAACGACUCCAUCAUCUCACGACUGUUUAUUGAUGCCAAGAAGAUUCUCCUGUACAGCCAGAAUGAUAAGAGCUUUGAAGGAUUCAAGGGACUUGUUCGGGCUUUAAGAAAAUUGCAACGUAACACUGCUGGUUUCAAGCUGAAAGACUUUCUCCGUGAUAAUGAGACCUUGUCUGGGUUCCUGGAGCGGAAUGCGACUCUUUCAAAGCACGCCGUCCAUCAAAUUGUGGAGGCUGACGUUAACCUGGAGAAGGUCCUCAUCAAAGGUUUUGGUGUGCACCUGAAAGACCUGUGCAACAACACCUCCCUGGACGACUUUGUGGAUAUAGCAGACAAGGAUGUAGCACAACUGACCCAAAACAUCAUUUGCCAGUCUUCCACCGAGUGGCUCGAUCAGGCAGAGAGAAACUUUCUGUCAAACCUGGACUUCCUUAAGCCUAUACGGAAGGAUGUGAGGUCUGACCCCAAGGUUGUUCAAGAGGUGUCCUCAGCAACAGACAACCUACUUGAGAGCCUGGGAUCUUUAGCCGUGGAGCUGGCGAGCAUGAAGAGCUGGCGAGACAUGCGUGCAGAGAUCCAGUACCUGACUGCCAACGCCACACGCUCUCCCAGUCACAUGUACCAGGCCGUGUCCCGCAUCGUGUGUGGGCAUCCUGAAGGUGGUGGCCUCAAGAUCAAGUCCCUCAACUGGUACGAAGACAACAACUACAAAGCCCUGUUUGGAAACUAUGGCAACAGCAGUGAGGAUGAACCAGUGUCCGCCUAUGACAACACCUCCACUCCUUACUGCAAUAAUAUGAUGAGGAGUUUGGAGUCCAGUCCGAUCUCUCGUAUGAUCUGGAAGGCCUUGAAGCCACUUUUGAUGGGGAAGAUCCUCUACACACCAGACACCCCUGCGACACAGAGGAUUAUUCAGGAGGUCAACAAGACGUUCCAGGAGCUGGGAGUGCUGCGUGACCUGGGUGGCAUGUGGGAUGAGUUCAGGCCAAAGUUAUGGAACUUCAUGGAAGACAGUGAGGAGAUGGACCUGGUCCGGACCCUACUACAGAACAAUGCUAGUGCCCGGUUCUUCAACGCUAAGCUGAGUGGAACGGAGUACCGGGUGGAGGACAUUGCCAGCUUCCUGUCCAAAGAGAGGCCCCCAGGGACUGCCUUUACGUGGCGAGAAGUCUUUAAUGAGACCGACCAGGCAAUACAGACCAUUUCCCGCUUUAUGGAGUGUGUAAACUUAGACAAGCUGGAGCCUGUGGCCACUGAAGAGCGUCUGGUGAACAAGUCCAUGCGUCUCCUAGACGACCGGAAGUUCUGGGCGGGAAUCGUGUUCCCAGACAUGCAGGCCAACAGCGCUGACCUUCCGCCCAAUGUCAACUACAAGAUCCGCAUGGACAUCGACAAUGUUGAGCGCACCAACAAGAUUAAAGACGGGUAUUGGGAUCCUGGUCCCAGGGCGGACCCUUUUGAGGACAUGCGCUACGUCUGGGGCGGCUUCUCCUACCUGCAGGACAUCAUUGAGAACGGCAUCAUCCGAGCUCUCACUGGCAGCAAGGAAAAAACUGGCGUCUACUUCCAGCAGAUGCCCUACCCUUGCUAUGUGGAUGACAUGUUUCUGCGUGUGAUGAGUCGCUCCAUGCCCCUGUUCAUGACCCUGGCCUGGAUGUACUCUGUGGCCAUCAUCAUAAAGGGCGUGGUCUAUGAGAAGGAGGCCAGGCUGAAGGAGACCAUGAGGAUCAUGGGAUUGAACAAUGGCACCCUGUGGCUCAGCUGGUUCAUCAGCAGCCUCAUCCCCCUGCUCAUCAGCGCCGGUCUGCUGGUGGUCCUCCUCAAGAUGGGGAACCUCCUCCCAUACAGUGACCCGGGGGUGGUCUUCCUGUUCCUGAGCUCGUUUGCUGUGGUGACCAUCAUGCAGUGCUUCCUCAUCAGCACCCUCUUCUCCCGUGCCAACCUGGCAGCUGCCUGCGGCGGCAUCAUCUAUUUCACCCUCUACCUCCCGUACGUGCUCUGUGUGGCCUGGCAGGACUAUGUGGGCUUCGGGGCCAAGGUGUUUGCGAGUCUAUUGUCUCCCGUGGCUUUUGGGUUUGGCUGUGAGUACUUUGCGCUGUUUGAGGAGCAGGGUGUGGGCAUCCAGUGGACUAACCUGCUGGCCAGCCCCAUGGAGGAGGACCACUACAGCCUCACCACUUCCAUCUGCCUCAUGCUGUUCGACGCUUUCCUCUACGCCGUCAUGACCUGGUACAUCGAAGCAGUCUUCCCAGGUCAGUAUGGCAUCCCCCGACCGUGGUAUUUCCCAUUCACCAAGACCUACUGGUGUGGAGAGGAGUGUGGGGGAGCUUCAACCUCUUCAGACAAGAAGAGUAAUGCUGAAGCUGUGUGCAUUGAGGAGGAGCCUACCCACCUUGCUCGUGGUGUCUACAUUGAGAAUCUGGUAAAGGUGUACAGCCAUGGCAAAAAGCUGGCAGUGGACGGCCUAAGUCUUGGAUUCUAUGAGGGUCAGAUAACAUCAUUUUUGGGCCACAACGGAGCUGGGAAGACCACCACCAUGUCGAUCCUGACAGGCUUGUUCCCCCCGACAUCAGGCACAGCCUACAUUCUGGGCAAAGACAUUCAAACUGAGCUUAGCACCAUCCGCCAGAACCUUGGUGUCUGUCCACAGCACAACGUCUUAUUCAGCAUGCUGACAGUAGAGGAGCAUAUCUGGUUCUAUGCUCGUCUGAAGGGGCUCUCUGAGGAGAAGGUGAAGUCAGAGAUGGAGCAGAUCAUCAAGGAUGUUGGCCUGCCAAACAAACGCAAAUCCCGCACCAACCAACUCUCUGGAGGGAUGCAGAGGAAACUUUCUGUAGCGCUGGCCUUUGUAGGAGGAUCUCGAGUGGUUAUUUUGGAUGAACCCACUGCUGGAGUUGAUCCUUAUGCACGUAGAGGCAUCUGGGACCUUCUGCUCAAGUAUCGUCAAGGCCGCACUAUCAUCCUCUCCACCCACCACAUGGACGAGGCAGACAUCUUGGGUGACCGUAUCGCCAUUAUCUCCCAUGGCAAGCUGUGCUGUGUGGGCUCCUCCCUCUUCCUCAAGACCCAGCUGGGGACCGGUUACUACCUGACCCUGGUCAAGAGGGACUUUGAGCCACCACUCAGCUCCUGCAGGAACUCCAGCAGCACUGUCUCCUACAUCAAGAAGGAGGAUAGUGUCUCAGAAAGCAGCUCUGAUGCCGGUUUAGGCAGUGACCAUGAAAGUGAAACCACAACUAUCGAUGUCUCUCUCAUCUCAAACGUGAUCUUCAAGCAUGUCCCAUCUGCUCGGCUGGUGGAGGAUCUAGGUCAUGAGCUCACAUACGUCCUGCCGUACGAGUCCGCCAAGGCAGGGGCGUUCGUGGAGCUCUUCCACGAGAUUGACGACCGCCUGACUUACUUGGGCAUCUCUAGCUAUGGCAUCUCUGACACCACACUGGAGGAGAUUUUCCUGAAAGUGGCGGAGGACAGUGGAGUUGACGUUGUUGACGUUUCAGAUGGCACCAUUCCAACACGCAGAAACCGUAGGCACGCUUUUGGGGACCAUCAGAGCUGCCUGAGGCCUUUCACCGAGGACGACUUUGACCUCAAUGACUCAGAAGGUGUGCCAGAAUCUCGUGAGACAGACUGGCUGGGUGGUGCAGAUGGCAAAGGCUCAUACCAGGUCAAGGGCUGGAGCCUGAGGAGGCAACAGUUUGUGGCCUUGCUGUGGAAGAGGUUCCUGUAUGCACGGCGCUCCAGAAAAGGCUUCUUUGCUCAGAUUGUGUUGCCUGCUGUGUUUGUCUGCAUCGCCCUGGUCUUCAGCCUCAUUGUCCCUCCAUUUGGAAAGUACCCCAGCCUGCAGCUAGAACCGAGCAUGUAUGAAGAGCAGUUCGCCUUCAUCAGCAACGACGCCCCUGAAGAUACUGACACAAACAUGCUCCUGGGUGCCCUGACUGAUGGCCAUGGAGUUUGGCCUAGUUGCACUGAAAGAGAUUCAGAUCCGAACGCUUUGUGUGGGAUCGCUGAUGAGGACUGGGCUGUCCCUGAGCUUCCUGUCAGUGUGAGUGACAUCUUCUUAACCGGGAACUGGACGAUGGAAAAUCCGUCACCCAGGUGCGAGUGCAGCUGUGACGGACGAAAGAAGAUGCUGCCGGAAUGUCCCCCUGGAGCUGGAGGUCUUCCACCCCCACAGAUUAAAGUCGGCGCAAAAGACACUCUGCAGAAUCUGUCAGGAAGAAACAUAUCAGACUACCUUGUGAAAACCUACGCUCAGAUCAUUGGAAAAAGCCUGAACAAUAAACUCUGGGUCAAUGAAUUCAGGUAUGGAGGGUUCUCACUGGGUGCCAGGAGUUCUCAGCUCAUGCCCCCUCCCGAUGAGAUCGAUGAUGCCAUUUCUCACCUCAAGAGACGCUUCAGCCUAGAAACGGGAACUGCAGCUGACCGCUUCCUUGGUAGCCUCUCCAACUUCAUCCAAGGCCUGGACACAAAGAACAAUGUCAAGAUUUGGUUCAACAACAAAGGCUGGCACAGCAUGGGGGCCUUCUUGAAUGUGAUGAACAAUGCCAUCCUGCACUCCAGCCUGAAGGAAGAUGACCGUGGCAAGUUUGGCAUCAAUGCCUUCAACCAUCCUCUCAACCUCACCAAGGAGCAGCUGUCACAGGUGGCACUGAUGACCACCUCAGUGGACGUGCUGGUGUCCAUCUGUGUGAUCUUCGCCAUGUCCUUCGUCCCGGCCAGCUUUGUGGUCUUCCUCAUUCAGGAGCGCACCAACAAAGCCAAACACAUGCAGUUUAUCAGUGGUGUUCAGCCAUUACUCUACUGGGCGGCCAACUUUGUCUGGGAUAUGUGCAACUACGUUGUCCCUGCAACCCUUGUCAUCAUCAUCUUUGUGUGCUUCCAACAAGAGGCGUAUGUCUCCUCCACCAACCUGCCAGUCCUGGCCCUGCUGCUGCUUCUCUAUGGAUGGUCCAUCACACCCUUGAUGUACCCAGCCUCAUUCUUCUUCAAGAUCCCUAGCACAGCCUACGUGGUCCUCACUAGUGUUAACAUCCUCAUUGGGAUCAAUGGGAGCGUCUCAACCUUUGUGCUGGAGCUGUUUGGCAGCAAUGAAGUCGGUGGCAUCAAUGAUAUCCUGAAGAACGUGUUCCUCAUCUUCCCUCACUUCUGUCUUGGUCGCGGCCUCAUCGACAUGGUGAAGAACCAAGCCAUGUCAGACGCCCUGGAAAGAUUCGGAGAGAACCGGUUCCGCUCCCCGCUGGCCUGGGACAUGGUAGGCAAAAACCUCUUUGCCAUGGCUGUGGAGGGCGUGGUCUUCUUCACCAUCACUGUGCUCAUCCAGUACCGCUUCUGCCUCAAGGCCAGGCCCAUCAAAACCCUCCUGACGCCUAUCGGGGAAGAGGAUGAGGAUGUGGCCAGAGAGAGGCAGAGGAUCCUGACCGGAUUAGGGCAGUCUGACAUCCUGGAGAUCAAACAGCUCACCAAGGUUUACAAGAGGAAGCAGAAGCCAGCAGUUGACCGCCUGUGUGUGGGCAUCCCUCCAGGAGAGUGCUUUGGCCUGCUGGGUGUAAAUGGAGCUGGGAAGACAAGCACCUUCAAGAUGCUGACAGGAGACUCUGUGGUCACCAGCGGAGAAGCCUAUCUUGCUGGUAAAAGUGUGCUCACGGAGAUGCAUGAGGUGCAUCAAAAAAUGGGCUACUGCCCGCAGUUUGAUGCCAUCAACGACCUGCUGACUGGCAGAGAACAUUUGGAAUUCUAUGCCAUUCUGAGAGGAGUACCUGAAAAGGAAGUGUGUGAGGUGGCAGAUUGGGGAAUUCGUAAGCUGGGCCUGGCGAAGUACAUGGAUAAAGCAGCAGGGAGCUACAGCGGGGGGAACAUGCGCAAACUCUCCACCGCCAUGGCUCUGAUCGGAGGUCCUCCCGUGGUGUUCCUGGACGAGCCCACGACUGGUAUGGACCCCAAGGCCCGGCGGGCCCUCUGGAACUGCAUCCUCAGCAUCAUUAAAGAGGGCCGCUCAGUGGUGCUCACCUCGCACAGUAUGGAGGAGUGUGAAGCCCUGUGCACACGCAUGGCCAUCAUGGUCAAUGGAAGAUUCCGGUGUCUGGGGAGUGUGCAGCACUUAAAGAACAGGUUUGGAGACGGGUACACCAUCAUCCUGAGGGUGGCGGGCCCUGACCCAGACCUUGGCCCCGUGAUGGAGUUCAUUGAGCACGAGCUGCCGGGCAGCACCCUAAAGGAGAGGCACAGAAACAUGCUGCAGUACCAGCUGCCAUCUUCUCUCACCUCCCUCGCGCGCAUCUUCAGCCUGCUCUCCAACCACAAGAAGCAACUGCGCAUCGAGGACUACUCCGUCUCGCAGACAACACUAGACCAAGUAUUUGUGAACUUUGCCAAGGACCAAAGUGACGAGGACCACUUAAAAGACAUUGCCAGCAGCAAGAGGGACGCCGUGGUGGACCUCUCCCAACUCAGCGCCUUCCUGGAGGAUGAGAAGACCAAGGAGAGCCUUGUGUGAUGGACCAGCCAUUCUCCCUCUGACAGGAACUCAGAGUGUUAUUUUAUUCUAUUUCUACUUUUUUGCUUUCAGUUUUUGUAUUUUUUUUAUUGAUUUUUUCACGUCACAUGUGCAGACUCAACUGAACUGAAGCACAGUGGUGAAACACAACUCAAUGCAAAUCAAUGCAAGAAAAAGCGAAUGAGGAGAAACCCACUAUGUUGUGGAGCGAGGGAGAGCCUGGUGCCCCUCGCUGGACCGGAACAACAAGCAUCAGACUUGAAGUCACUUGGACCAGCACUUCAUCAGUGAAUGAGGGCCUUGGGCUCAGUGACCAGUGGGUUUUUGGUCAUGUGUGUAGAAUCAAUCAGUCACUGCCAACAACCAACAUGUAAUUCAGGGUCGAGUCUCAUCUUUAUACCGAGUUACUGAUUUUCAAAAAGUUACAAUCCCAGCAGCGGUCUGUUGACCUAUUUCUUUUCAAAUAUUUUUGUUAAGUAAAAAGUAAUGUAACAUGAAUCUUUCAAUAUUGUUGUCAGUUGAUGUCAUGUGCAGUACCAGAAGAAGUAGGGUGCGGAUCUAACACUCCAAUGAGAGGGCAUUGGAAAAGCUUUAGACUGGAUUUCAGAAAGGUGAAACAAAAGAAAAUGCACCCUGUGUGGUGAGCUAUGGUGCUCAUGUAGACAGAGGCUAUUUAAAGCACAUGUUUUCCACAAUCAUUUUAAGUGAUGUUUCUGUCAGUUGGGACAGAUACAUUAGAACAUAGGUCCGUUGAUGCUUCACUGGUUAGACGGAGGGUUUUUUGGAUUAUAUUGCAUGCUUUAUGUUGAUCACAUAUUAGCCUAUAUAUGUGCAACAAAGCAUGUGCUCUGUUCUGUUGUUACGAGAGAGAAGGUUGUCAUAGCGACUGCAAUUUUUUUUUAUGCCUGUAACCUUUGAUGCUCUAUUUAAAAGACCAUUAGAGGAGACUCUGUCAGAAUUUCUUGAUUUGAUUCUCAUCUUUUGUAAAAUAAAAAAAACAACAAAAAAAAAAAA